GCAAUAAUUGAAUUUCGGACGUCUAACUGUCUUUUUCGCUAAUAACGCUACGCCUGCGUGAAUUAAAUGGAGUCAAAGAAGCGGACACCAGUUUGGUGGCUAACGGCGAUUCAUCGAAGUCAGAAAAAGCCAGCAAAGUGGACGAUGUUUUAGAUGACACACCUUAUACUAUUAAAGUUAUACCUACCCAUUCAGAACCAUUCGAACUACAAGUCAGCUCUUUUGAGCUGGUACAAGAAAUCCAUCGUGUAUUGAUGGAUCGGGAAGAAACCUGCAGCUGUACUUGCUUUUCAUUAGUCCUCAACGGUCAGACGCUAGACAUGUUUGCAGAGUUGAAGUCUGUCAGUGGCAUGGUCGAUGGUGCCGAGUUGAAAGUUGUGGAAGAGCGUUACAGUGUUCGGGAAGCGAAAAAUCAUGUUAGGCAUAUCCAUGACCUCCUUCAUUCAAUUGAACCCUAUGAUGCCUAUGCUGGUCGGGAGCAAAUGUCAUUGUCAUUUGUUAACACUAUAGCUGGAGAUCUAGAACGAAAGCACUUUCCAGCUCGGUUAGACAUUCGGACAGAAUUCGUACCGCCUGAAUAUGUUUUGCCCAAUUGUGGUACAAAUACCAGUCUGCCACUGCUUCCUUUGCACCCUUUUGAUCGUGAUGGAAAACCUGUUAAGUGUGUCCGCCAACUCAAUUACAGUAACUGGAACCCACCACCUCCUGCUAGAAGACUACUGGGUGACCUGGUGUACCUAUUUUUCCAUACACUUGAAGACAAAAGAUACCAUAUCACUGCUUGUCCUAGAGGAUUUUAUGUGAAUAUGUCCACAGAUGAUCAGUUCAAUCCCCAUCCAGUACAGCAUGCUUAUGUAGCACACUCUCUAAUUGACCUGCUACGUCAGCUUAGUCCUGGCUUCAAGCGUAAUUUGGAGACCCUUCUUAAAGCUCGAGCUGCUAAACAUCCAUUUGAACGUGUCCCAACUCCGUACCAAGUUCAUUCGUGGUUAGCACCACUUGUCGAACAUUCUCCAGACUCAGUGAGGAAAGAAGAAGCAUUUUCUUCUCGUAUGGCAUGUGAAGAAAACCUACCUGGCCAAACAAGGGAUUGGAAUGAGGAACUACAGGUUACACGUGAACUCCCACAGACACGUCUAACAGAACGUCUACUUAGAGAUCGCGCUAUCUUCAAAUCAAACAGUGAUUUUGUAGCUGCGGCAACUCGUGCUGCUGUCAGCGUUGUAAACGGAGACAUUAUGGCCAUCAAUCCUGGAGAGACACGAAAACAGCAAAUGUUUAUAUGGAACAAUAUGUUUUUCUCAUUAGGCUUCGAUGUCAAGGAUCACUACAAGCAUUUUGGUGGUGGAUAUGCCGCAUAUGUAGCCACAUCCAGUGAUCUAUGCGGAGUGCGUGCCUAUUCUAUGUUGGAUCAACCAGGACUUUAUACACUUGGUACGGCUAUAGUAGAUUAUCGUGGUUUCCGUGUCACAGCUCAGACGAUUAUACCAGGUAUUUUGGAGAAAGAACAAGAACAAUUAGUUGUGUAUGGUUCAAUCGAUUUUGGGAAAACCGUGUUGACAGACAAACGUUAUGAAGAGCUAUUGUCCAAAACUGCUAAACAGUUGAAGAUCAAAUCGCAUAAAGUGGUAGAUCAAUCAGGUGAAAUAGUAGAGUUAUACUCAUCUGUGGAUUGUAAAGGUAUUGUUGGAAAUGAUGGGCGUACAUAUAUUCUGGAUUUAUUGCGUACUUUCCCACCAGAUUUGAAUUAUUUGAAUAAUGGUGAUGAUAUACGACCACAGUUGUCUCCUGAGUUGACGAAGUUGGGUUAUCCUUAUCAACACCGGCAUAUGUUGGCAACUUUAAGACAAGAGUUGAUUGAAGCAUUUUUCGACUACCGUUAUGAGAUAUUUUUACGUCUAGCUGCUCAAGAAAUACAAAAGAUGAAAAUGUCUCUAAAAUGUGAAUCUGCUGAUCAGGUUGUUGUUUGCAUGCUAAAUGGAAAGUCUGAUGAAGAUCACCUAUGUUCACAUCAAGACAAUCUAGUUUUAACGAAGCAUCGGAUUGAUCCUGAUACAUCUGAACAUUCCAAUAAUACACUGAACUCAGGAAUUGCUGCAAUAAAAUCUCCGUGUAAGAAUCAACCUGAUGAUUUAAGUCAGAUGAAAAAAUUGUUAGAGGAUGAUACUGGUGGUCAAAAAGGUGAUAUUGUUCAAGAAGCAAUUCGCAAAGCGGCUAUAGCUGUUGGCUCCUUGAGUACAGAUCGUUUUGAUCUAACCUUCAAUCCAGAUAUUUAUCAGAAAUUUGUCAAAUUCAGUGAUUCAGAUGAGGAGUCUUUGAAAGUUGAUCAAGAACUAGUGUGCAGUGCUUGUGAAUUCCUUGUUGUAAAGCAAAUUCCAGCCUUCAUUAAAGAUGCCUUAAAUUUAUGUGUUACUCCGCAAGAUGGUAAAGCGUUAACGGAGUUGAUGCAUCAGCGUGGUAUUAAUGUGCGUUACUUGAAUCGUGUAAUUGAGUCGGUCAAUUCGCAUCAGUCGUUAGCUUAUCUCAAACGAAUGGCUAUUUCUGAAGUUCUACUACGAUCUGCUAAGCAUAUUUUUAAAACAUAUCUGCAAGAUGUUGAUCCUAUGCUGCUUUCAGUCGGUGUUGCUCACUUUCUCAAUUGCUUUUUAACAGCUUGCCCAAAUUUAACACCUUUACUUGGGAUCGAUGAGCAAGUCCUAAAACUGAAUCGAAAUAAGAAAAAUAAGAAAAAAACAAAAAAUCUCCGUGAAUCACCAGAAGAAAUGGCUUGGCUUAACGAAACACAUUCCAGUAUAUGGUCUGAAUUACUCAAAGAGGCUAAAGAAUACUACCACUAUCACAUAGCUGCAUCAGACAUAGAUGAAUUUUGUAAAACACAUGAAAUCCAGCGCAUUCAUCUCCUCAGAUCAUUUUGUACUUCAGUUGGCAUACAGUUACUUUUACGUGAAUAUAAUCUUAAUCCACCGAAUGGAGCUAAACAUCAUCAGAAGCCUGUGUUCAAUACUGAAGAUAUAGUUUCCCUUUAUCCAGUGGUCAAACAUUUACAUCCUCAUGCAACUGAUGCUUAUCAUUACUUCACAACUGGACAAGCUCGAAUUUCUGCUGGUCAUCUUCAAGAAGGUUUUGAGUUGAUUAAUGAAGCUCUAGGCCUUCUUAACGGUGUUUAUGGCCCUCUUCAUCCUGAUAUUGGUGCAUGUAAUCGUCUUCUAGCUCGUCUGUCAUAUGUUAUGGGUGAACAUCAAGCUGCAUUACUUUUUCAACAUCGUGCCACUAUAAUUAGUGAACGUGUGCAUGGGAUUGACAAUCCAAAUACAGCAACCGAAUACAUACAUUUCUCUUUGUACUCAUUCGCUUGUGGACAGAUAUCUACAGCGCUACAAUUACUUUAUCGAGCCCGUUAUAUAGCUCUUUUAUGUCAUGGUGAAUGUCAUCCGGAAAUAACGCAAAUCGAUACGAAUAUUGGCCUAAUGUUACAGUUGGUUGGAGAGCUCGAUUUGGCCUUGGUAUUUUUAGAGAAUGCAUUAUCGUUAAUUAGAUUAUUCUAUGGUGAACGAAAUUUGAAAGAAGCAUUCACUUGUCAUUUAAUCAGUCGUACAUAUACCUAUCGUGGUGAUUUCCGUACUGCUCUUGAUUAUGAAAAGCGCCGUUUUCUUAUCUACAAAGAACGUUUAGGUCCUGAUAGCGAUUACACUAAAGACAGUGAUGAAUGUUUACGACAGCUCACUCAGCAAGCUGUUACAGUUGCUCGUAAAGUAGCUGAACUCACGGCUGCCUCUACAAAAUCUGCCAGUGGUGAUUCGUCGAAUUUAAAUUCUCAUUCAAAUGCUGUUGAUAUUUCUACCGCUGAAUCUGUUGUAGCUAAAGCAGUUCUAUCCAAUCCUUUUGCCAACGCUGCUGCAUCUGGUUCUCUGACCCUCCCUAUGCCUACGAUUUCUUCUGUUUUAGAAAUUCUUAACCGUGUGAAUGGUAUACUGGUGAUUCAGUUAAGAGGAAAAGACGAAGAACAUUCAGAUCAGCAUGAAAAAAGCAAAUCAAACAAGUGUGAUCCCUUGAAGUUGCUUGCAUCUGAUGAAACCGAUCAACUGAAAACUGUUUCUAUGCCUAGUAAGGAAUCUUUGGAUCAACCGACUACACCAACUAAUGUGAACAAAAUUGUUAUACCAGUGUUAUAAUUUGAAUGGAUAUGUCAUUUUAUUAAAUGGUCCCUUUUUAUCGACAAUGCAAACAUGGAAAUUAACAAAUAAUAAUUUAAUUUUUCCAGUCAACAUCUCUUGUCGUUGUCUAAAUUAUCCAACUUUCCACCACCAACAUCUUUACUGUAAUACCUUAGGUUGAUAAUAAGACAUAAUCCAAAAAUUUAUCUCGACUACUUUUAUUAUUACGAAUAUUACCACUACUACUACUACUACUACUACUACUGUCUACUGUACACUAGUCUUCCUAUUUUUUCUAAUGUUUUGUUUAUAUAUUUAUGUAUCAUAGUUUAGAUAACUUUCGAAAUUGUCUUAUCUUCCGUUUUUUUCGACAGAAAUAAUGUUUGUUAUUACAGAGAGGCACAUUUGUACAUCUAUCGGUGUAUGUGUGUGUGUGGAUGUGAAUGAAGAAUAUAGUUGGCGCACAAACUUUGAACUCCCUUUAUAAUUACUUAGUUUUAGAGAAGAAAAACUGUAGAAUAGUUAAGUAAUUCUAUUCAUAUUUGCAUUUUGAAGGAAUAUAUUAAUGUUUUCAUUUGUUUGUUUUUAAAAGGCGUUCAAUCAGUCUGGAAUCAUAUUAUGUAUUCUAUUGUCUUACCUCAUAUAAAAUUGUUUCUGAUGAGGGAUUUCAUGCAAUUUUAUGAAAUUCUGACUAUAAAGCAAAGAAUGCAUGUACUGCUCAUCCUCUCGUUCAAUCCAACUAUAGGGCUGUUAAAAGUAGAUUAUAUGUUCUUAACCAUAGAUGACUUGGUAGGUGUCAGCCUGUACGGAGUCACCAUGUAGGCAGUGUUAAGGUUAGUUUCAGAAUAGCACGAGGUAAUGAACACUCAUCGACUGACAUUAUUUGGACAUGUAUUGUUCAAACCGAGCGACCCCCUAUAUCGACGUAUGAUGUUUACCAAAAUAGGAUUAGGUUGAAAGAAGACAUCAAUUCUUAAUAGACACACUUACCGGCUGCCAAUGCCUAACAUAUUCCUUAACCUGACUCUGUCGAGCGUGAGGGGUUGUUUCAGUGUCUGACCGUGAAAAGAGUACCGAGCAAGUAUGUAACGCUAAUCAAAUCUCUAC